ACCGAAAUAAUUCAAGACAGUAGUUGCAAAUGUGCAUUGGUGCGGGUUCAAGCAAGCGCGUUUAAUUUAAUCAAAACUUGUAAGAACCAUUUCGACGAACACGUCGUCCACAUCGAUAACGGCGGCGUACACAACAAGCACACCAACAACAGCUGAUUCGACUACGUCAAUAACGACAGCCGGCAGCACCACCACCACACCGUCGACGGCUACAACCACGACACCGAUACGCAGAUCCUUUGUGCCACCCGUGCGUGACGAGGAGAGCGAAACCCAGCGCAAGGCACACGCCAAACGCGUGCGUGAGACGCGUCGCUCCACACAGGGCGUCACGUUGGACGAAAUCAAGAGCGCCGAAGAGUUGGUCAAGAAGAAAAACUCAAAUAUGAACAACAACAAUAACAGCAGCAGCAAUGAAACGCAAGUAGCUACAGCAAUAGCAGGAACAAUACCAACAACAUCCGAACAACAAGAAGUUGAAGUUAUUGAGCCGCCACACACAGAACCGUCGGUAGCUGCCACACAAACGCUGCUAGCCACAGAAACGCCGCUCGCGUCGCAGAGCCAAAUCGCGGAUGACGUUGAAACAACGGUCGCAGAGCAGCAAGCCAUUCGUGCAGAUUGCACGCCAGCAGAGGAGAGUGAUAGGGAGGAGGUGGAAGAGAAAGAGUGUGAUCAGCAGGAUGAUGAAGCUGCUGUGGACAAUGAUGGCGAUGAUGAUGUUUCCGCCUCUUUCACAAUUGUGGCGCCAACUAGAAAGAAUUCUAGUACGAAGGCAUCAAUGCUAGAUGAUACCACAACCGAUGAUGCAACAACCACCGAUGAUAACGAUGAAGAGGUGAGUGCCACGUACACGUUGACACCGCGUCAUUCGUUUGUCGGCAGCGCUGCACCCACCGAAACUGUGGAAACGACGAUAGUUGUCACGCCACCGGAAAUCAUAAUCAAUGAAAGCGAUUUAGAAAGCGAAACGGUACGAAAAAAAGUCGAUACAUAUGAAAUGGAGGAUGAAAAUGUGCCUGAGAGUGCGAACAAGCUUGAGAUUGAUGCCGACAUUGAGAAUGAGAAUGCGGAUGAGUCAAGCGUCUCUGAACAGCAGAACGAGAACGAAGAAGCAACAGAAAUAGCAUAUUUAAGCAAGGCCGAAUAUGUACAGGCCGAGCUGGAGGCGGACGACGAAGAAGAAUUGCUAGAAGAGAAGGCGGUGGACGCCGAAGAGGAUGUGGAAUCAGUAGAUAGUGAAAUUGUUGAAAUUAACGAGUUUGAAAAUGAAAAGACUGAAAGCUCUGCCACCAAAGAGUUGGCUACUAAUGAAAUAAGCGCUCCCAAAUCACACAUAUCCACGAGCAACAACUCAGCCGAGUUAACGUCAGUUACACAAACUGAACGUGCACGCCAUAACACAUUAAUUCCAUUGCCGCUGGUGAGCGUGGCGUCAAGUAGUGUGGCGCAUGCCGCAGAUGCUACAGCGGCCACACCUACCAGCACGAGCGCGAAUACGCCCACACUCGAAAGUCCUGUACGCUUGCGCGACAAGCGUAUACCUUACGAUCCGGACAGCAACAAUGCCUUAACGUUAGCCGAACGCCUACGUUACGAAGCGAGCAAAUACAGCGCUGUCGGCGAUAGUGACGAAUCGUCGUCCUCGUCGACGGUCGUUAGUAAAACACGCUCACUACCACCAACGUCGCUGGCAAGCGAUGCCGAUGCCAUAAAUGAACUAUCGACAAAUUACGGUAAAAUUUCACUCAGCAGUCGUCGCAGCUUGGACUCAUCCUCAUUGUCAUUGCACGGCAACAACGAGAGCCAAGCAGCUCAGGCGUCAUCUAAUGACACCCAAACCUUACAAAGUGCUAUCAGUAGUAUUAGUAGUUGUAGUAGCGGUACAGCGUUUGUGGCAACUACAACAACAGCGACGGCGCCGAGCAGCAGCAACAGUAGCAACAAUAGUACAAUGGUUGAGCGACGUCCUUCUUGGCGUUUGAAAUUCGAUGCUGGCUGUAAGUUCAAAUUGGAAGAUGCAUCGAGUGGGAAUACAUUUCCGCCAAAUAACAGCACAAUUAUACCGAGCGCGCCAGCUGUUAUUGCCGCUGCCAAUUUAUCGUCAACCAUAUCACAACGGCGCAUCAACAGUAAUUCAUUGAACUCGUCGAAUCAAUCGUUGAACUCAAUUGGACGACCUGUGUCCGCACCAGUCAAUGCCACCACAUCCACCACAUUACUUAGCAAUGAUACUCACAGCGAGGGUGUUAGCAUUUUCGGCCGACGACUCACCGGUGGCAGCACCAAUAGCACUUAUAGCAGCAGCGCCACAACACCAGCAGCUACCACGACAACGUCUACUGCAUCCACAACAACAGCUAACGUCACAGCCGCCACGGCUAAUUCGGCGUCUAAAACUAACGAUGAUAAAGAUAAUGACAAAGAAAAUGAUAACCGCAAUUUGGCUGCUCAAUCGGCCAUACAACGAAGAAGAAAACCAAAACGAAGAUCCACCGGCGUUGUACAUAUCGAUAUGGAUGAGCUCGAUCCAGAGCGGCAAGAUUCAGCAAACGAUGCGGAAGAGAAAGAUAAGGAGAAAGAGAGUGGCGGUGAGCGCGGCGCAUCGCGUUCACGUUUGAGCAGCACCACUAAUGCCAACACCAACGCAAACUCCACAACAGACGAGAAUAAAGCACGUGAUAGGUCAGAGAAUGGCGAAGCCAUCGACUACAAGGCUCUAUGGGAGGCUGUAAAAUUGGAGAACGACAAGCUCAAGCAGCAGCUUAAGAAGAAAGAUGAUGAAAUCGUACAAAGUAGAGCAACACUCGAAAGAUUUACAAACGCACAAUUGGAAGUUUACAAAACGGAGAAUCAACGCCUUAAAGAGGAAAACGGAGCGCUAAUUAGAGUAAUUAGUAAAUUAAGUAAAUGAAAUUAAUUUUAAAUUAAAUUUACAGAGUUACAAUGCAAAUUUAAUGUUAAUUUGAAAAGAACAAAUAACAAAAAACAAAAAAAAACAAUAACAAAAAUCCUAAAAACAACUGACUUCGUUAUGGAACGUGUAGAAAACCGUUAUUAUUUUCUAAAAUACAAACAAAAACAAAAAAUGCAAAAUACUACAUAAAACAGCAGCAGCAGAAUGUUCUUACUACGUACGAGUGUAUUUUAAAAUGAAAACAAAAAACACAAAAACAACAACAAAUGCAGCUGCGCCUGUGGAGAAAUUUGUGCUUGUGUAUGUGCCGCUUUGGCUGCGGCAUAAUUUUGAUUGUAAAUUAAUUAGAAGGAAAAUUGCAAAAAUGCAAAAACAAAAACACUAAAAUGUUUUAUUACACUUUAUGACUGUUUUAAGUUUUAUUAUUAGCCUAGUGUCCAACCACUGCGUUAAAAUAUUAUCAAAUAUACAUAAAUAUAUAUAUAUAUAAAACAAAAUAUACGUACACAUAUACAUACAUAUAUAUUAAUUGUUUGGAGUUUUUAAGAGCGUUUAGGCGAUAAUACACCACACACACACAUAUACAUACGUACAUAUAUAAAAAGAAUGAAACAGUUAAGCAUACAUACAUACAUAAAAAAAUCACACAGAACGUACACUAAACAAAAAGUAACAAAUUAAGAAAAAGUGUUUAGCAUAUUAAUAUUAAAUUUACAAAACGGACCUAUACAAGAACAAAACUAAAAUAAUAUACAUGCAUACAUACUUGUUUAAAAAAUAUCGAUAUAUGUGUAUGUAAUAUUAAAAAACAAUAACUAUGUUAACACUAUGACUUAGCGCCUAAUGUAAUAAACACCCACACACACACACGCAUACACAAACCAAUUCAAAUGUAACAUUAUACUAUAUACAUAUAUAUAUUAGAUUCAGUGAUCAACGGAAUUUCAAUAUUUAAAAUUAAAUCAUUUUUAAUGUUUUCAUAAUAAAAAAAUAUAAAUCAGUUGUUAAUUUAUACGCAUUUGUGUGAAUAAUUAAAGAAAAAAAAAAUAAAAUAAUUAUUUAUAAACACCGAAACAUACAUACGUGCAUAUUCAUUGCAUUAUUUGCAUACCACCAACAUUGCUGCAUACAUCAAUGACUAUUUAAUAGCAUACAUACAUAAAUACACAGACACACACACAUACAAUACAGAAAUAAAAAGUAAAAAACAAAAUAUAUAUUUUUCAUAUUUAUUAAAAGUCUAAAUAAUGAAUCUUAGCAAUAUACACACUUACAUAGAUGUUUACAUUUGUAACUAGGUUCUUGGAGAACAAACAUUUUCAACAGAUCGGCAGUGAAGGGCGCAAUUAUAGGGUGCAAUGUUAAUGGAAU